UCCAUAUUGCACUUCCCCCCAGUUGCCGUGAACCAACGCUUAUCACUCAUCGGUCGUACAAUCCCAACAAUUUCUAAUUCGGCCAAGUUUUGACGUCCAAAACUUUCCACGCCGUCGGCACGUGACGUGACAGAUGACAUGUUUGGCAUCUCGGCCAGGGGACAAAUCCAGUCCGCAGUCACACAUCCCAAGAAGAUCUCCGAUCCCAAUCGGAUCAGAGCCGCAGAACUGACCGCCCCGCCCGCUGCCCGCUGGCCUCUCGCUCGGAAACGGUUGCGGAAAGGGAGCGAGCGUUACACGCUAAACAAGGGAACCGCCGCACCGUUCGCUCCCCACCGUCCACGCCGCACCGCGUCUCCUCCAGACCCGGCCGCCCACUCGCCAGCGCGCCGCUCUUUAUAGCCAUCCACGCGCCCCGCAUGCACGGAAAGUAGCCAAGCCCUUCACGCACAAGCCGGCCGGCAGGACCGAUCGACCAGAGCGCGACCGAUAGAGAUAGGAGGGGAUCGCUCGCGGCAAUCCAUCCGGCUGCGGAUCGAUGGAGAUGAAGGUAUCCGGCUCAGGCGAGCCGGUGCGGAGCGCGAGCGCGUCCGUCUCCAAGAAGCGGCCGCCGAGCAGGCUCCAGAAGCACGCGCCGGCGUCCUUGCAGCUGGAGCAGGGUGCUGCUGGUGCGGGGGCCGCGCCGGGGGCGGGGGCGUGGGGCGACGGGAGGGCGGCGAUCCCGCUCCUGUCGCCGCUCGUCAUGACGCCCACGAUGCCGGUGUGGGAGGCGGACCAGGCGGGGGCCGCCUGGAGGGAGGGGGGAGCUGACCAGGCCGAGGAGAAGAGCGGCGGGGAGCAGCAGCUGCAGCAUCACCGUGGCGCCGCCCGGCACGGCGGCAGCGGGGAGCGCCAGGCGCACGACGCGUCCCCCUCCCCCAGGCCGCCCGUGCCGGCGCCUGCGGGCGGCGGGGGAUGGCGGCACCCGGCGCUUGCGACGCCGGUUGCGGAGCCGGCGUCCCUCGUGUCCUUCUUCCAGUCGCAGUGCGCGGUGGAGGUGCGCAACGCGCAGCAAUGAGGGAAGGCGGUUGCUCAACCAGGCGACCAGGCCCGUGCGUUCAGGCAGGAGCCGCAGCGACGAUGAUCGAUCUCUUUUGCGCAACUUGAUUUCUGCGCUUCCCUGGCUUGCCUGUACAAUGCUGUUGCAGCUCUUUGUGAAUAUUUCAACCCUCUGUCUUAGCGAUGGCUUGAUAAUUGGUAACUGUGCACUAGCAUGUCAUUCGCCA